AUGGACUCCUUUACUCGGCAGUUCGGCGAGUACGACAAGGAAACAAAGACGUGGAAGCUCCAGCCAAUGUUCAUUUCCUUGUACAACAGUCUGAAGGCUGGUACACAGAUUAUCGGAGUCUUCGUCGGUAGCUAUGUGAGUAAGAGAUAUGGAAGACGGAUGUGUGUCUUUGUCAUGAGCGUAUACGCUCUUGGAGGUGCAGCUGUCAUGACCAGCUCCCAGACACGGGCUCAGAUAUUGACCGGAAGAGCCCUACACUACGUCUAUCUCGGCAUGGAAAUGGCCGUCAUCCCAACGACGCUGGCCGAGCUGGCUCCAGCCAAAGUGCGCGGAGCCAUGGGGGUGCUAUACUGGCUCAGCGUCAAAGUCGGUGGCCUUGUCGUCACGUCCAUAACGCGAGGGACGUCCGGAAUCCUUACGAAUGCUGCUUGGCGGAUCCCGUUUGGACUCAUUCUCAUUAUACCUUCAAUUCUUAUCUCCCUUGUGUGGUUCACACCCGAAUCCCCGCGGUGGCUGCUUCUGGAAGAUCGACAGGAAGAAGCUAUCACAUCCUUGACCCGGUUCAGGCCCAACUCAACAUCCCCAGGCGAAAUUCACGAGGAGAUUGAACGGAUCUCGCAGAAGAUCUCGACUCAGAUGCAAAGGAAGAAGUUCGGAGACCUGCUUGAUUGGCAGAACCGACGACGGACGUUUAUCGUUGUCGCAGCCAACUUCUUCCAGCAAGCCACUGGCCAGGCAUUUGCUUCGCAGUAUGGCACUCUCUUUGUCAAGAAGCUGAAGUCGGUGAAUCCGUUCAGCAUCACGAUGGGGACGAAUGCGGCCGACAUUGGAGCUCUGUGUAUUUCGACGUCGAUAAGCGACCGACUUGGGCGAAGAGGCCUCUUCCAUACCAGCGCCUUGCUUCAAACCUGCGCACUGUUUACCAUGGGCGGCCUGGGGAUGUCUGAUGCGAAGAACAGGACGGCCAAGGAAGGCAUUGUAGCCAUGUUGAUGGUAUACAGCUUUGGCUGGUCGCUGGCAUGGGCACCCCUGGUUUAUGUGCUAGGAGCCGAACUUCCCUCUGCACCGCUGAGGGAGAUGACUCUACGGGUUGCGUACACGGUGAAACUGGUGACAGAGUUCGCGGUCACCUUCUCCUAUCCCUACCUGGAAGCCGCCCAAACCCCGGGACAUGUCGACCUCGGGGGUAAACUGGGAUUCAUUUACGGCUCGUUGGCAGCCGUGGCAUUGCUGUUUGGAUACAUCUUCAUCCCGGAAACUAGGCGCUUGGAACUGGAAGACAUUGGCGAAGAUGUUGCUUUGGUAUCCACCGGCGCAGCCGAAAAGAAUGUGGUGCACAAAGAAACGUCGAUCUAG